AAUUUACUUAAAUGGUAGGUGCAUAAUAAUUUAAGUAUGUAACUAUAUAUAUAUAUAUGUAUGAAUAUACAUACAUUUAAAUUUUCACUGGGAUUACGAUUAAAGUGGUGAGGGCUAGGCAGUAACUGAAACAUUAGUUCAUAGCUAGUAGGGUUUUCCAUUUUCAUAAUCAAAUUGGUUUGAUUUUACGUUUCCACCGUAAGAUCAUAUUGUAAAGUCCAAAUUUAUUGUUGUUGUGCAUGCUCAUUCAUACCUGCAUACCUUUGAUGCAUUCAAUGUUGCACAGUAAGCAAUUUCUGAACUACCUCUCUCAUUGUCCAGGUACCUUUAGGUGCUCAUUAAAAGAGGAAGAAAAAUCACCGCAGUUGCCACGAUGCUAAGCAGACAGAAAGCAAAGUAAACGCACCAUGUAUUUGAAGAUAGUCAAACAAUUGGUUGCUUGAACGCAAUGAAGAGAUGUCUAAGAGCAGCGAGAGUAAGAGUAGUACAAAGAAGUCAAUGAAAACAAGUAGGAGCGCUCUGUCUUCUAACUUCUUAUUAUGCUCCCUACAGACUACAUAUGCUUGUAUGUAUGGCGAGUAUCAACAGAUCUACUGAGUAGCCAGUCUACUUUGGGUUGUCGGUGAGCAAGGCUCAUAUUAUGUGACGGUGUUUGGCAAAGUAAUUACAUUUCAAGUGGAAGUUACGCUUUUCUUUGUUAAUAUUUAUCAUAAUUGGAGUGGAAUUUCAUUAAUUUUUUUACAAAAGUUGUGCAAUUGGGUAUUGUAUGAGUGCUUGCACCGUUGCACCUGGCAUAAUCGUGGAAUUUCUCGCAAGAGUUCAACUUCAGUAAUACUUGUGCGUGCCUGGUUCGUCACGGCUGCUCCCAUAGAGUCAUUGUUACGACUUGGGAAUACGUUCGAAAGCCAGUAAAAUGUGGUUUUAAUGAAAGGGUCAAACCGGUUUAAUGUCACAAUGGACGCAAACAACCGUGUGGGAGCAUGCUAGUAGCAGAGCAACGUAAGAUCAACAAACAUUUUAGAAUUGGAGUAUUGAGUGCAGGAGUGUAAUGAAAUUAUUAUUACGUAUAUAUACUCGUACAUAAGUGCAUAUGUACGAAUUGUGACUUUGUGUUCUUAUGAAAAUUAUAUGGUGAAUACAUAAAUGCGCUUCUUUUAGAUUUAUCAAUUGAAUUGCCGCAUUCUGUCGUCAAUUAUAGGAUACGAGUAUGAUAACCAAAAUCACGUAUAGUACAAAACAUGGCUUCAAAUAACUUAAAUACAAACUCAGUGAACCAACAACAUCGACCAGUCGAUGAAUUGGAUUUGGAGUUGCGACAACAUGCGUCCACCAGUCAUUCUUACCCGUCGAAUUUCGUAAAUGCAACUAAUCAUCACCUUUCCAGUGGCAGCUUGACAGAAAAUAGCGCAUCCUCAGUAGGCACGCAACAGCAUCAGUACCAUUACAUACAGUAUCCGCCAUAUUACUAUCACAUCGGUGGGCAUGCGCAUCGAUCGCAACAGCAACAACAACAACAGGCACAAUUUUUACACGCGCAACAACUGACUGGACUGCCGGAAGUCACCUGUCAUUGUCAUUGUUCUUGCGGUGCCCAGCAGCAACAACAACAAUUGUGGAAUCAAAGACAAUAUCAACAGCAAAAUAUAACGGCUUCCACGGCUACGAUCGGCCAGAGGCAAAAUGAGGAGGACUCCAGUAAAAUUGUAGUGCAAGUGCAUUGUCAAUCAAAUGAUGACGCUGAUUGCGAACGCGAACGCAACACGCAGCCACCCACCAAAGCGCAAUCGGAGCAAUCACUACUGAAUCACUCGUACCAAACACUGCAACUGCAAGCGAGUACGGAGGAGAAACCUUUGAAUGUGCUGCAUAACUCCCAGUUAAAUAUCAGCUGCGAUUGUGAUUUGGAAUGUACUUGUGGUGCGGAAAGGCUGCGGGGGACCGCCAGCGAAGCCGCUACUAUGCAUACUAAAACGGCUGCGAGCGAUGACAAUUUGGACACAGAUGUUUUAGAUAAUCCAUCACCAUUGAAAAACCAGAAGCAAUGUCAGCUGGAAGCCAUGCUAGGUGCUGAUGAGAUCACAGUCAGUGAGUCGGACAACAAUAGUACUAUGAUUAAGAAGAAGAAAAAAACGAGUGGUGCUUGCAAGCACACUAAUAACGAGAUAAACUCUUGGUGCCAUAUGCAAGACCAGAAUUCAGCACUGGCCGCUGAUCAAAGCUGUGACUGCCAUUACAAUUCUAGCCGUAUAGAAAUCUACAGCGAUGGUGAUAGCAAAGCUGGCCACGACUCUAUUGAUGAUCAGCGGCCACCACUGCCUCCACGCCCACCACCUCCUCCUCGAUUGCGUCAUGCAACAAUAACAGGAAAUGGUACUCAUCGUCAUGGUCCGGGUAUAAAGAAAUACGUUGUAUGGUGCCUCAUCUGCGGCGGCUUUUCGUGCCUGCUAGGCAUUUUAUUUCUGGGUGUUUACUUCCUAUUGCACUCGUACACUAUUACUGUCGGAAACUUUGAAACGGUACCCACUUUUGUGCCAGCAACAAUGUUAAUCCUAACUGGUAUCUGCAUAAUAAGUUUGGCGCGCCGGCGGAAUCGAUACAGUUAUUUGAUUAAACUUUCCGGUGUUUGUGGACUAAUAUCCGCAUUGACAUGUGCGCUUGUGACUGUCACAACAACCGUUCUACACAUGAGUCGUUUGCAGGCUCUGCGUGAGUGCGAAUACGCACAAAAGACACGUACUUGCACUUGUUAUUCUGAUAUGAUUGAAUCCCAAGUGGAUCGUGUGGACAAAGGUGUUCGCCUAGUAUUUGAUUCGCUGUCUGAUUGUGGAGUAGUGCAUGGCUCUCUCUACUCUUGCCUACGCGCUAUAUUUGGGCUUUCUGUAGCAGGUGUCUUGGUUGCUGUAUUUAGCUGUAUGCUCGUCUAUCAGCUACUCAGUCAUGAGCGUAAAAAGAUGUAUUGGGAGCAAUUGGAGUUGCGUUGCCGCUCAUUAUAUACCAGCCAGCAAGGUCCGCCGCCAAAUAUGGCCGCUAUGGGCGGUGGUCGCGGUCCGGUUUGUCGCUGUUGUGAACAAUGUCAUCUGCAUCGUCAAGUACCGCUCCCAGCAACGGCAUAUCCUUGGGAUGACAACGGUGAACCACGAUUCUGGACUGGACAACCGCCUGGCAACUUUUACUCACCAAAUCCGGGAGGCGAUGAUUUGCAUAUGGGCAAUUCAGGAACGACAUGCCGCGGCCAUGGCGGUGCUUCAGGGGCACGUAGCCGUACGACUGGUUGGAGUUGGCCGCGUAUGCCUUGGCAAAGAAAUUCUCCCGUGCCCAAUACAAGGCAAUUUCGUCAAACACCGUCAAGUCCGGAUUCACAGUACGGUUUCACAAAUAAUGCGCCCGUUGAGAAUAUGAUGAAUGAAUCUGAUACUGCAACAGACGUGGCACAUAACACAACGGCUCCUGCUUUUAAUGUUGUUGGUGGUGCGUUACCUUACGGAGUUUGGGGUCCACCACCGCCAUACAGUGAUCCCAAUAGUCCUGCUCGACGUGGAUACUAUCAAUACAUACAACCGAACUUGUGUAGCAAUAAUAUAGCUAUUACCAACAAUAUUAAUCACAGUAAUAGCAAUAUGUCCGCUGAAAAUAUCGUUGGUGAGCCGACUGAACAGCGCAUGCCUUGCCUAAAUCAUCGUUCAGUUUUUUUGGAACAGCAACCACAUCCACUUAAUAAUGGCAACAAUUGCUGUCCAUCCGCCAGUAUGCGUCGUAAUUUGGCAAAACGUCGCACGACCGGAGGUGCAGGUGGUGGUAGUGGCAGCGGUGGUGAAGAUACCAUGAAGUCAAAGACUGGUGGUGGCGAUUAUGAGAAUACCCCCUCAGAAAGUGACGGUUGCAACAUGCGAGAUCGCUUCUCCAAUACUUUGCCCACACGGAAGGUUAAAAAACGAAACGACAACAAUGCCAAGGCCAACAUCAUUGGUAAUGCAAAUCCUCAGCCAGCUCCAAGACUUGCCAUGCAACAGGCUAUUUCUAAUAAUGACACAAGCUGUGCUAAUGAGGUUUCGGAGUCAACACUUGAUGAUAAUGAAUGCAUGGAGGAAAUCAAUGCCAGUUUGUGUAACGAAGAGAUGAAUAUGGCUACACCAGGAAGUCGAACGUCCACACGUGUCAGUACCAGAGCAACUCUGCGUCGUAAUUGUGGAAUUGAAAACAAUGGUUUCCAGUCGAAUAGUGAGGUAGGCGCUGUGACCCAGUCCAUUGCCACAGGAGAGUCUGACGCACUUGUGAUAGCAGCAGAUAUGCAUGGUACCGGUGAUCCCGCCGAGUCAGAAGUGUACUUUGCUGAUGUUAGCAGUUGUUGCAAUAUGUCUCUAAAAAACGAUAACUACUAUGAUGAGGCGCAUCAGACUACCCAUCAUCAUCAGCAUCAGAAUAGCAAUUGCAGUCAAAAUAGUAGCAGUACUAAUGAGGAUUAUCUAGCACAACGUUUUGGUCAGCGAGAAAAUUCAAUACGCAGUCGCCUUCCAUUUCCACAGACGCGUAGCAAUGACUACGAGGAAAAUUUGAAUACACACAAUACGAAAGACAUUAGUGGCAAUGUUACACCAAUUAACCAAAUGCAAAAGGAAAUUUCACGCCAAAGCAUGUGUUCCGUAGAGUCCGAAGCUCAGACUGAAUGCACCGACUUAUCGCCGGCCACACCGUGCAGCAAUAAGUUUGGUCAAACUAAUUUUGAAAGUAAAAUCAUACCGAUUAAUGAUGGCAAUGAGAACGUUCUGCAACCACGCACAACUGGUGCACCGUUGCCCAACUUCGUAGCCAAGUUUCCAUAUUCUUCGGAAUCACAAAGUUUGGAAGCACAUCGACGCUCCACAAAAGACAUACACGAUCUGAUACUCUCUUCAGAGGCACACUACGAGGUGAUUAACGACAAUCCACAACCGACGCUGCCUUGUCAAUUCACCGCACAACAACAAAACACGCGCAUUAACAAACCACAGCCACAGCGUCCAACAAAUCUUUCGGCUGGCAAAACAAAAGCGAAACAUGGCAUUAAAACACGUGAUCGCAUAGAAGUAAAUGUGCUGCCAAAUGAACGAGACUGGAAUAAGGGGCCAGGUUUAGGUGGCGGUGGAUGUGGCAAUAACGAACGGAAAUGCUUGUGAGAAGAAGUUUUCGUAUAAAACGAGGUUUAGGAAAAGUUUAUGAAUAAUAACAUUAGGUCUGAAAGUUGAAAAGACUUUGUCGAUUUUGUGAGAACAAAAGGUCAUGGCUAUUAUAUGGUAUAUACUUCAGAGAAUGCUCUAUCGUAAACCAUACAUACAUUCCAAUUUUGGAACUUAUUUGGUUUAUAUCUCUAAAAUUAUUCAUUAUUUACUGUAUGAAGAGCAGUCCAUGUACGAUAAAAACUAAAAUCUAUUAUAAGAACGGGGUUUCUUUACUUAACAAUAAGAAAUGUAAUUAUUAAAAAUAAUUGCCAAGGAAGAGUAUUUUCUGUUUUCGCAUCAUGAUUAGGAAAAUUUUGAAUUCAUGUUUAAAAAGGCAAUUUUUGUAUUUAAAAUGGUAAUUCCUGUUAACACGGGACAACGACACUUAAGUGAUUAAGAAGUCAGUAAAUAUGUAUUUUAAUAAAAAUUCCCUGAGGAUUUUCCAGAAAACACACAUUCAGAUUCUCUCAUUUCGUUUAACUGCUAUAUGAAAAAACAUUAAUUUCAAAUUUUUUUUUUUGAACACGAGCACUUCCAAAUGUAACAUUUUUUUUUAAUGCUCCGGUCGUUAUUGGCGUCCAUUUCAUGAUCACUUCUGCCAUCCAUCAGCUCCUAACGAUCCAGUGUUAAACUGGUCACAUGAAGAUAAUUGUUUUAAGGACUCAAAUGUUCAUAUCUAAACUUAUUUAAAUGUGUAGGGCACACAUACAUAUACUAUACAUAAUAAUUAUAUAUCAGCUACAAAACAUUUCUAUAUUUAUUUCAUUUUUGAUUUUCGAAAUAUCUAUACUCGCAUAUAUAUUUAAAGCUUAAUGACUAUAUACGUGUAUAUAUGUACAUACCUAUUUAUGUACGAUUUUAUAUAAGUUCGCGAAGCCACAUAUACAUAUAUUUAUAUACAAAUUUAUUAUUUAUCCCAUAAACAAAUUCAUCUACUAGAUAUGUGUUUCAAGAAGUAUCUUCGGUGUCUACAUACAUAUAUUAAAUUAAUAAAACUUACAGAACUGAUUUUACGCAUACACAAUAUAUAAUAUAAAGAUACAUAUGUACAUAUGUAUGCAUUUGUUGUUAGGGUUAAGUAUGUAUCGCAUAUAAUUGAUAAUAAUUUAGUGUUAUGCAUAGACAAUAUACAAAGUUAUAUAAAUUUGUGUACGUACGUAUUAGUUUUGUUCACAAGGUUUUACUGAAUUAAAAUAUACAGACAGGACACUUACACACUUACAUACAUACAUAUAUAAUGUUAAAAAUGGUAUUCAUAAUAUAUAAAUAUAAUAUAAAUAAAUAAGACCAUACUUAUAUACAUAUGUAAAGGUGUUGGUUCGGUUUAUUUUGAGCAAAUAUAUCCCUUUUAUAUGUUUAUAUAAAUUAAUUGUUAAUUUUAAGGUUAAUUUGUUAAUUUGCUUAAGGUGAUCUAUAAGUUUAAGUUUUACUACAAGAAGCUGUAUUCAUGAAUAAUAAAUGCCGGUGCAUAUAUAAAUUAUACACACAUACAUAAAAUUAACAUAUGAUAAAUACUAAAUAUCGAAGUAUGAAGCUUUUUGAUUCUAAUUAUUAAUUGUUGUUUGUAAUGAAUUACAAUUACUGUAAGUAUGUAGUUAAAUGCAUAUAAUUAAAUGUAUGUACAUAUGUAGACUGUUAGCAUUUGAAUUUGUUAUACAUAUUAUAUAUACUAUAGCUAAAGGAAAAUAUACUGCUGAGAGUAUGUCUAAGAAAUACAUUAACAAGAAAUAAAAAUCCAAAUAAAUCAAUGCGAAA